AUGGUAAUACAAAAAAUUUGCUGCCUCGGAGCGGGCUACGUCGGCGGCCCUACGUGCAGUGUGAUUGCCUUGAAAUGUCCUAAUAUUAAAGUGACUGUUUGCGACAAGAGCGAAGAGAGAAUAAAUCAGUGGAAUUCGGAAAAAUUACCUAUUUACGAGCCGGGCUUAGACGAAGUAGUCAGACAGUGUCGGGGCAGAAAUUUAUUUUUCUCGACUGACAUUGAGACGAGCAUCCUGGAGGCCGAUUUAAUAUUCAUCUCAGUGAACACGCCGACUAAAACGAUCGGUAAUGGCAAAGGCAGAGCCGCUGAUCUGAAAUACAUCGAGGGCGCUGCCCGCAUGAUCGCCGAUAUCGCUACGAGUAACAAAAUCGUAGUUGAAAAAAGUACUGUACCGGUGAAAGCGGCUGAAAUUAUCAUGAAAAUAUUACGCGCGAACACGAAACCUGGUGUUGAAUAUCAGAUAUUGUCGAACCCAGAAUUUUUGGCCGAAGGAACAGCCAUUGUGGAUCUGGUCGAGGCUGAAAGGGUGCUAAUUGGAGGAGAAGACACUCCCGAAGGUCAGAAAGCUGUGCAAGCGCUCUGCUGGGUAUACGAACACUGGAUCCCGGCAAAGAACAUCCUUACAACAAAUACUUGGAGUUCUGAGUUAUCAAAGCUGGCAGCGAACGCAUUUUUAGCUCAAAGAAUCUCAAGUAUCAACUCACUGUCCGCUGUCUGUGAAGCCACAGGUGCUGAUGUGUCAGAAGUAGCGCGAGCAGUCGGUAGAGAUUCACGUAUUGGUCCUAAAUUCCUCGAGGCAUCAAUUGGUUUCGGAGGCAGUUGUUUCCAGAAAGAUAUCCUAAACCUCAUUUACUUAUCUGAGUGUUUAAACCUUCCUGAAGUAGCUGCUUACUGGCAGCAAGUCGUAAACUUAAACGACUACCAGAAAACUAGAUUCACCCGUAAAGUUAUCGAGUCUCUGUUCAACACGGUUGCGGACAAAAAGAUAGCAAUCCUCGGAUUUUCGUUUAAGAAGAAUACUGGAGACACUCGGGAGUCACCGGCUAUAUACGUAUCAAGUACGUUACUAGACGAAGGAGCAAAGUUACAUAUCUACGACCCAAAAGUGGAGCACGACCAGAUAUACUAUGAACUAACCCAUCCCCAAGUCACUAAUGAGCCAGAAAUAGUCCGUAAGAGAAUAGAAAUACACAACUCUGCAUACUCAGCCGUCUCCGGAGCCCACGCGAUCGUAUUAUGCACGGAAUGGGACGAAUUCAAAACGUUAGACUUUAAAAAGAUCUACGAUGUAAUGAUGAAGCCGGCGUAUAUAUUCGAUGGCCGUAAGAUCUUGGAUCAUGAAGCAUUGUUGAACAUUGGUUUUCACGUUCAGACGAUCGGGAAGAGACUUUCAAGGACAAGCAGCAUCAGAGCUAAAGGCAGCCAGACUAUGCCUUAAAUUACUAUGUAAGUAUCU